GCGGGCCGGAGACUACACCCGAGCGCGGUUACUGCAGUUCGGUCUUGCGGAGAGGCGGCCGGGGCGCGCGCGCGCAGCUCAUUGGACCUUGGCUCUGUCGUUCCCGGGGCGCUGCGUGCGGAUUGGCCGACGGGGCCUGAGGACGUUGGCCGAGUUCGGCGGGCCGACCAUGGGGCGGACUUCGGGGGGCGCUUCAGGCAAUCGGGGCCGUUCAAGUUUUUCAGCCCCGGCUGGGUCGGCCGGGCCCUGUCGAACCCCGCCGCUCUGCAGGCCCGGUGUCCCUUUUGGAAGACGCCACAAAAUGGCGGCGCCGGGGUGGGGGCGGAGCUAUGGCGGGAGCUCGUAGGACGCGGGGUCUGCGGACUGGGACCGAGACGGGACCGCUGCCUCUUCCCGGGCUGUCGUGCCUGUCUGGGAACCUGCGGGGUUGGCUGGGGCCUCCGUGCGGCACAGGAGGCCUGGGGCGCUGGUCCCGAAGGCCGUGUGGGCGGCGCUGGGUCGGACCCCUUGCCGCCAGCCAGGCGGUGCAGAGCAGCGGGGCCUAGUGCAGCCUCUGCAGUGGUUAUGGGGCAUGGAGUGCUGGACCUACCAACACCCAGGCUCCUUUCGCUUCCAGUCGUUUGAGUCCUAUGAUUCCAGGCCUUGCCUGCCUGAGCACAAUCCCUACCGCCCCAGCUACAGCUACGACUAUGACUUUGACCUGGGACCCGACCGCAAUGGUGGCUUUGGUGGUCAGUACAGUGACUGCCGGGACCCAGCCCGUGAGCGGGGCGCACUCGAUGGCUUCAUGCGGGGCCGCGGCCAGGGCCGCUUCCAGGACCGGAGCAACCCCAGCACGUUUAUGCGCGGCGACCCCUUCAUGCCACCUGCAGCCUCCUCUGAGCCUCUUUCUACUCCGUGGACAGAGAUGAACUAUGUGGGUGGGCGGGGCCUUGGCGGCCCCUCCCCUGGCAGGCCCCCGCCUUCCCUCUUCUCCCAGUCCAUGGCCCCUGACUUUGGCAUGAUGGGCAUGCAGGGGGCAGGUGGUUAUGACAACCCUGUGCCCUACGGAUGUGGCCGGUCACAGACCCGGAUCAGAGAUCAGCCUCGGCGGAGAGGGUUCAAUCGCUGUGGCCCAGAAAGCUUGGGCAGGAAACGGAAGCAGCUGCAGAUUUAUGACGAGCCUGACACCAAACAAGCUCGAGCUGACAGCGAAGGAGAAUUUUCUGAAAACGAUGAUGGAGCUGGUGACUUCCGGUCAGGAGAUGAAGAAUUCAGGGGUGAGGACGAAUUCUUUGACUCCGGGAGGCAGAGAGGAGAGAAGGACGACGAGGACGAUGAAGUGAAGAAGAGAAGGGAAAAGCAGAGGAGGAGAGACAGGAUGCGAGACCGGGCAGCUGACAGGAUUCAGUUUGCCUGUUCCGUGUGCAAGUUCCGUAGCUUUGAAGAUGAAGAAAUCCAGAAGCAUUUGCAAAGCAAAUUUCACAAAGAGACACUGCGCUUUAUAAGUACCAAGCUGCCUGAUAAGACGGUGGAAUUCCUCCAGGAAUACAUUAUAAACAGAAAUAAGAAAAUUGAGAAGCGGCGUCAAGAACUAAUGGAGAAGGAAAGUACAAAACCAAAACCAGAUCCUUUCAAAGGGAUUGGCCAGGAGCACUUCUUCAAGAAAAUAGAGGCUGCCCACUGCCUGGCCUGUGACAUGCUGAUCCCGGCGCAGCCCCAGCUCCUCCAGCGGCACCUGCACUCUGUCGACCACAAUCACAACCGCCGGUUGGCUGCUGAACAGUUCAAGAAAACAAGUCUCCAUGUGGCUAAGAGUGUUUUGAACAACAGACAUAUAGUGAAGAUGCUGGAAAAAUACCUCAAGGGUGAAGACCCUUUCACCAGUGAAGCUGGUGAUGCAGAAAUAGAAGGAGACGAGAAUUUAGGAGGUGAGGAUAAGGAAGAGACACCUGAGGAGGUAGCGGCCCAGGUCUUAGCUGAGGUGAUUACGGCAGCAGUGAGGGCAGUAGAUGGGGAAGAAGCACCUGCUCCAGAAAGUGGUGAAAUGCUGGCCAAACGGGACGACCCUGCGGACACAGCUGAGGCCGCUAGUGGUCCCCACCCCGAGGCAGAGACCCCCUGCGGAAUGGCACCUGAGAAGGGCAACACUGAAGCAGAAGCCGGAGGUGAAGCUGCUGAGGCUGGAGUUGCAGCGGAAGCCAUGGCAACGCAGUCAGAAAGCACCGUGACAGUCACGGCUGCUGCAGAAGCCACAGCGGGACAGACUGACGCAGAGUCCAGAGAUGCUGUUCCCACAGAAUGAGCCUCCUUUCCCUGUUUCAAGGGAUCUGUUAUAUAAUGCAUUAUUCCUGUCCUUUGGUUUGUAAGUAGUACUAGGGUAUGUGAUACUGGAAUAUUAUUUUGGUGAAGAGACUCAGCCAUUUCCUUCAGAAAAGUGUACCUCACAGCCUUGUCUCACAGAGUCGUGUGGCUUUCUGCCUUGGUGUGAAGGCUGCAAAAGUUGUACAUUCCCCCAAGUGGCUGUGACAUCGCUCUUUACACUGUAGUUGGAAUAAUAAAAGUUGGAUAAUUAGA